UUUAAUUAUGGAAGAUGAACAUCUUAUGCAAAAAGUGGAAAGAUGGGCAAAAAUGCUUGAAAAAGAAGAUAAGAUUGGACAUGCACUUAGACGAUUAGAAAAUGUGGCUAUUACACUUCAUAUUCUCAGUGCCACAGGCGUUGGAAAAACAGUGAAUUCUUUACGUAAACAUCCUUUAUGGGGCGAUCGUGUUUCCUCUUUAGUUUCUCGAUGGAAAGAAAUUGCACGAGCCGAAACGGCUGCAGCUGAGGAAAAGAAAGAAGAUGAAGAAAGGCAAAAUGAGGAAUGUAAUAUUUCUGAUUUUAUUCAAAUCAAGCACUCAAAAAGUUUGAUUAAAAGAGAAACUAAUGGAUAUGUUAAUGAUGAAGAAUUAAAUGUGUCCGAUAGUGAAUACAUUCCUACUCCAAUUGUGCCAAAAAAAAAAACUAAAUCAACUAUAACUCAAAUUGAGCAAAAAUCAAAUAAAGGCAAUUCUAAUAGUGAUAAUCAACAAAUUGAUGCUUUUUCUGCCCAGUUAGCAGCUGCUGAUCAAAUUUCUAAUAAUGUCAAAACAAAGAAAAAACUUCAGAAAUUUACACCUGAAAGUAUUCAAAACUCAAUUAGAGAUUCUUUGGCUAGUUCAAUAUUUACACAAGCAGCACCACAGCAAAAACAGCCACAACCACUUUUUUUCGAAGCCCCACCUUCAUUAGAUAUCAAUAUGUUUAAAAAACCCAAGGAUAAUCGAAGAGUUUAUGCAGGAAGGAAGAAGAAUGGAUUACAUUUAGAGCAACAGGUGCCAAAACUUUAUGAUAUUUGUAUUCGUUUGUUAAUAAAUAAUAUUGAAGCAAUUGAAGAAACUGGAGAUAUUCCUUUUCAUGUUUUACAACCAAUACUUGAAAAAGCUAAUGCUAUGCAAUUAUUACGUUUAGAAGAAAUAAAUCCUGAAGAAGAUGAUGAUGAAGAGAAGAAAGAAGACGACGAAGAUAAUAGUAAUGAUGGAGAGGAAAAACAAAAACAACAAAAAUAUAUUUAUCACGAUGAUUGUUCAAGUUGGCGAGAGAGAUAUUAUAAAUUCUUCCGAGAGCGAGAACAUAAAUUAAAACAUCUCAGCAAAAAGAUAAGGACAAAGACGACUGAAUUGGCUGAACCGCAACGAAAAGCAUUAGUUACUGCGCCAAUUGCACCUAGACACGUCCGAAAAAGACAGAUACGAAGUGGAAUUGUUAUUUGUGCAGAUUCAGUUCCUUCUGCAGUCGAUUUAACUAGAGCAAGAAGACAAAUAUUUGAAACUGGAAAUGAUGCCGAUCUUCGACAAAUGCCUUCAGCAAUACGUAAUACAACAUCACAAUUAGGUGCACGUUCAAGCGGUUCUGACAUUUCUUCAGCUAUGUCUGCUGCUAAAAGAAAACCUCAACGGGGUCCUUUAAUGAUGAAAACUUUAAAAAUGCUCAAAAAACAACGUCGUUAA